AUGAAAUUUCAAUGGUUUUGGAUGUAUGCUGCCACUUUGUUGGCAUGCUACAUAUUUGUUAACAAAGUUUUGAGGAAUUUGAAUGAUUGGUAUUAUGAUCUUAAGUUGAGAAAGAGACAAUAUCCACUUCCUCCUGGUGACAUGGGAUGGCCUUUAAUUGGAAACCUUUGGCCCUUCUUCAAAUAUUUCUCAUCCGGUCGCCGUGAUAUGUUCAUCAACAACAUUUUUCUCAGAUAUGGACGAACCGGUAUCUACAAGACUCACUUGUAUGGAAGUCCAAGCAUCAUAGUCACUACACCUGAUAUGUGCAAGAAAGUUCUAACUGAUGAAGAGACCUUUAAGAUGGGUUAUCCAAAAGCCUUCAUUUUAAUACUAGCACCAAAUAGGAUAUUAAGUGAACACGGACGCCUUAAAAGACUAGUCGCGGCUCCUAUUGCCGGUCACAAUGUGUCAGUAAUGUACCUAGAGUGUAUCAAAGAUAUUGUGAUCAACAAGUUAGAAGAAUUGUCUAACAUGAGACGCCCUAUCGAGUUCCUUAAUGAGAUGAGCAAAGCAGGUAAAAAGCUUGACAAAAUAGUUCAAUAUAUUAUUGAUGAAAGGAGAGUGAAGGCAAAAAAUAGACAAAUUGGGGAAAAGAAUGAUUUAUUAGACAUUCUUUUCGAAAUCAAAGAUAAAGGAGCUGAAAAAUUCGAGGAUAAGGACAUUAUUGACGUAUUGGUAUCAUUUUUAUUUGGUGGUCACGAUUCAAUUGCAGCCAGUAUUAUGUGGACAAUUAUGCAUCUUACUCAAGAUCCACUUUGUUUGAAAAAAGCCAAGGAAGAGCAAGAAGAAAUCAUGAAAGCAAGACCAUCAUCACAAAAACGACUAAGUAAUGAGGAAAUUAAAAACAUGGUUUAUCUUUCUCAGGUUGUUGAUGAAACAUUACGCUAUAGAUCUACCUUUUCAACUUUUCGAGAGGCAACGAUUGAUGUGAACAUCAAUGGUUAUUUCAUUCCAAAGGGAUGGAAAGUGCUAGUUUGGCUAAGCGCUAUGCAUAUGGCUCCAGAGCAUUACUCAAAUCCUGAAGAAUAUAAUCCAUCAAGAUGGGAUGAUUAUAAUCCCGCAACAGGAAGCUUUCUUCCUUUCGGAAUAGGUCGGCGGCUUUGUCCAGGAAGAGACUUAGCGAGAUAUGAAAUGACCAUAUUUCUACAUUAUUUCGUCCUUAAUUACCGGUUGGAGUUGAUAAAUCCAGAAUGUCCACUUACUAGUUUGCCAUUUCGUAAGCCAGUAGACAACUGUCUCGCUAAGGUCAUAAAGCUCUCUGAUUCUUAGUUAGUUACUAAGCAAGGUCAAGAUUUUGAAGUAUUUGCUUGUAUGGCCCUUUAGAAGACUUAUAAUUUCUUAGUUUGAUUUGUGUAUCUAUUAAUUAAGCAUGUUAAUAACAACAAUGACAAUAAUAAUUUGUCUAACAGUUGAGCAUUUGACUAAAAAAAACGUUUGAAUUCUAAGAAUCUUCCAUACGGUUGAGCAUUUGAUUAUGGC